AUGAUCACCAUGGUCUGGCAAGGGGUGAACUUCAAAGUGCAGGAGUACUCCGAGCAACACACCACGGGGACCGGCAAUUCGCUCAUCAUACUUAAGAACGUCGCCAAGUACACGGGGUUUGCGGCGGCAAUCCAGUUCAGCAUUGUCCUCAUCCCGGUGUCCCGCGACAGCAAGAUCUGGUCGACGAUCGGAGUGCCUGUCGAGCGUGCCGUUCUCUAUCACACAACGCUCGGCCACUUGGCCUUCGUCAGCCUCUUCCUGCAUGGGAUCCUGUACAUGGCCUACUACGUACAGAAACAUGGCUGGGCGUACGCCGUGAAUUCGUCGUUUCAUUACAAGGGAAAAGGGGUUAACGUCCCUGCCGGUUUCAUCGCCGGCCUUUGUGCCCUUCCGAUGUGGGUCUUGUCGCUGCACUUCUUCAGGCGAGAGUACUACCGGCUCUUCAAGACGAGCCACUUUUUAUUCAUCGGUGUUUUCGGCGCCGGAAUGGUCCACUAUGACGGCUUCGUCCACUAUCUGUUGGCCGGCUUCGUGCUGUACCUUGUCCACGCGGUCUAUCGCCUGGGUAACUGGAACUGGUGGAGUGUGCUCAGGCAGUGCUUUUGCAAGAGUUCAGCUAGAGGUUGCGGCGAUUGCGCUCUCGUGCACCUCGAAGCAGGGGACGGGUACACGCGCCUGGUGCUGCGCAACCCUAGCAACCACAGUCCGGCCAAAGGAGGCACAUUCGUGUACAUCAGUGUGCCCGCACUCCUGGGCACGAUUGAGGCCCACCCCAUGUCUGUGGCUCUGCGAGGCGCCCCGCCACAUCUCUGGAACGCCUCGUUGGACGACGGAGUCUUCACGCUAUACAUUAAGACCAUGGGCUCAUGGACGCUAGCCCUGCAAAAGCAGGAAAGUGACAACCUCACCGUUCAUGUGGACGGGCUGUAUGGCGGUGCACCGUCGCUGGCAUCCAUGAAACAAGCGGGAUUUCCAAAGGUGGUUUUGUUUGCAGGCGGCAGUGGCGUCACAUCCUUCACGGCUCUAAUCCAGGACUGGUGUGAGGCCUACAGCGGCGGCGAGGAUGUGCCUGCGGUUCACCUGGUCUGGUCCUGUCGACGCAUGUCGGAGAUUGAGCUCCUGGGCGAGGCUCUUCCCUCGUUCCUCGCCGCUGCUGCAGCCGGCGCAGAGUCUCUUUUCAAGAUGUCCAUGUUUUGCAGCGGAAAGACUGGAGGAGACAGCCCGGAGACCGUGUCAUGGCCCAUCUUCAAGGCGUCUGAACACCUAGGACGCGUGCACGCGACUCCUACGUCGCAGGCAGUAAUUGACUCGUUCAAUAACGGUGUACGCACCCUGAUCGCAGGCGGUGGUGCGUUGGCUGGGUGGUUUUGGGCUGAGAACGUGGCCCAGGGGGCUCUCUUGGAAGGUGUUGCAGUUCUAGUCUUGAUGACCAUUGUCCCUGCCAGCCUGCUGGUUGUGUACGAUUGGAUUUCAAGCCUCCUCAUUGGAGUGUUGAUAGCGAAGAAGCCGUUUCGCAAGCGGUAUUCCCAGCUGAGGGAGACGGCUGCGGAUCGAGACGAGCCAGAUGUAGCAGUCGGUGGCCAAGGCGAGAACAUCAAUCGUGGUGGGGGCGGUGGUCGUGGCGCACUCAAGACCUUUCCCGUCAGCGCCGGCCGUAUGCCAGUCCACGGGGUGCUCCUGUCGGAACAGGAAAAUGCCUCACGAGAGGGGAUCGACAGGGUCAAGGUACUUGUAAGCGGCCCGGGCGGCAUGGUGGACGCCGUCAUGACGGAAGCGCGCAGAAUCAGCUGGAAGGUGUUCGAUGUGGAAACCGCCUCGCGCGAGUUGUAGGUGCUCAAAUUCACUCCCGACAACAGCUAUGUCCCGAUUUCCUGGGAUGACUGUUGCGUGCCGAUGAUAGGCCGUGCCAGCCGUGUGUAUUCCAACGUGGUGGUAUCCCGCUAUCGUUUGCAGAACUCUUGGCGCUUUGGCCAAGAAUUGUGAACUUAUUGAUGGUGAUCCCAGUGGCUUUUGGUAUGCCCUCUACUCCGCAGACCAGAUACAACACUCGAAACAGAAUGUUGGUACAACACUCGAAACAUUCGUUGCUGUAGGACAGGGCUUAUCCCGAGGGUUGAUGUGUGUCUGUGUGUCGAUGGAGUUUGACAGGUCGCUCGGAAGUAUGUGAUGAAGGAGCCUACAUUUGGCCUGGUGAGGUGUUAUCGUCGAUGGUGAUCAAUGCGUGAAACACAAGUACCUGCAGCCGAACCCGAACUUCUUGAAAGGAGGCUUGGGCGCCAAGGUCCUCGCCGAAGUCCUAGGAGGAAACGGGAAUCGCGACUACAUCUGUUCUUCAGCAGCCUAUGCUGAUUGAGUCAGUUGGAUGCGCGGCACAGCUACUUCACGCUUCGCCAUGUUCUGAUACGAGAACAUUCCCGACGGCAUAGUCUAGGGAUUGCUGUUCUUCGGAGGUGUUGGGGAGGGUGUUAUUUCCGUACAAAUGGGGCCGGUUGAGUUCUUCAGGAAACAAACUAUUGAGCUCUGUGCCUUUUCGCGCUAUGAUGUUGAGAGGUCGGGUUAUGAUUAGGAUUUAACGUUGACCAAGAAAAUAACGCCAUGCGCAAAAUAUCCAGGAGUUUUCGAUGAACGAGGCGGAAUAUUGUGUUUCACGUAGAGUGGGCCUGCCGACGUACAAAAUGCUUUGAGACCACAUUCUUUGUGUUCCUACGGCUUUCAGUUGUCACGCAAGCCCUCUUUCGUCCCAUAGUGGCCGGUGCUUGCCGCGACAUGUGGCCCAAAACGAUGUCGC